AACCACAAAAUGUUCGUUUUAUUUUAUAAAAAGUAUAUAAGAAAGUAUUUUAAUUAAAAACGCGCAGUAUAUUCUUAUCAGAAUAUAGAAAAAAAAAUUGAAAAUAUGUUUUUCGUGAAGUCACUUUUGGUAUUAUUUUUGAUUGAAUAUUGUAGUUCUGCACCUCACCUAGUUGACUGGAAUGACGUGGGUAGAAAAAUCAACGAAUUUCGAAACAAAAUCUCGACUGUAGCACAAGGAGCCUGCGGUUUUGUGAACAAUUUACCGAACAACAACAUUCCUGGUUAUCCGAAUUUCCAACCACCUUACAACAAUCCUUUCGCGAGAAAUUUCCCACCAUCGUUCGGUCCGCGAUUUCCUUUUAAUUUCCCCCGUUAUUAUCCCUCCCAACAAGUACCGAAUCGAAUCCCUUUUUAUCCAAAAGGCAAAUCUGAACCAGAACCAGCGUUGCCGCUACCAAUUUCAACUACAGCUCCAACAGUAGAAAGUCAAACAACUUUAGAACAGAACGAUUUGAAUAUUAACGAUAAUAAGAUUCCAGAAUUCAUUCCACCAAACGAUGAGGAUAAUUUUGUUGUUACAGAGUAUGGAAACAAUCCCGAAUCUCGAAAAUAUGAUGUCUACAGUGAUAUGUUUUAAAAUUACUCCAAAUAACGUGAAUUAUUAGAAUUAUAGAUCAAUGAAUCGCUUUAUUGGUAACAUACAAUAUUUUCACAUCAUUCAAUAAGUCGUGUGACCCAUUUUUUUACCAAAAAUCGAUUUUAUUCAUCUUCAAAAGCAAUUCCAUCAUUUCAACUCUUCUCUAACUUCUUGAUGCCUUACUUUCUACAUUUAAGCAUUUUUUUGCUAUCAGCGAAUAGCCAAUAGUCACUGGGAACUACAUCUGGACUAUACCGUGGAUGAGGUAGUAAAUUCGUUGAAUUUAACCCAAAAUAUUGAAGACAUAACCUUCCCUAUUGAUUAUUGAGCUAUUAGAAGCUUUGGAUUUGGUUCGCAAGCUGCAGUUCACUCAGAUGAUGAUCGUUUUAAUUCCGAAGUGAAGUUAUGGGUCUAAGUUUGAUUCAUUAUCGCAAAAAAUCUGAUUUAUUACGUGUAAACAUGCCCAAAUACUCCUGUAAAUCAACGACAUGUUGUUUUUAAUCGACUGUGGGUAACGCGUCACUUAGUUUUUUCGUUGUCAAAUAAUCAUGCAUAAUUGUAAACUCAUUACCUUCUGAUAUCUUAACAGCCUCAAUUUACGAUUAAAUAUAACAAAUUUGUUGAUUUUUAUGAUGUUUUCUGUAGUAAACACUUCAAUUAGAAGACCAGAACGUUCACCAUCAUCGGUGUUUGUUUGACCCCGUUUAAAUUCAGCAAACUACAAAAAAAUUAUUGUUUUCCAUAGGCCAGAGUCCGGAUAAAACUUUUCAAACCUAUUACUGAACUUGUACAGUAUUUUUUUCAUAAAAUCCCAUUGUUUUCAAAAUAACAAAACUUUACUUAAAUGGCUGUCAAGACCAAUCGAAGUGUCAUUAAAUUUGACGCAUAGUAUUUCGUACUUCAUUAACGUCAUAUAGAUUUGACAUUGACAGCGUUAUCUGUGUGUCAUUCACGCGAUUUUUAGUGAUGUAAUAUAUAAUAUAAUGCAAAAACAUCACAACAAAAUCAAGUUCUCUUAAAUGGUUGUAAAUUUUUUUUUGACCAAUCGAAAUAUCAUUAAAUUUGACGCGUAGUAUUGUCAAAGUUGGUACUUCAUAAACGUCAUAUGGAUUUGACAAUUUCAGCGCCAUCUGUGUGUCAAUCACCCGACUUAUUAAGUGAUGUUAUAUAUUAUAACCUAUUAAAAUGUAUUUUGAUUAUUUUUUUUGACUUCUGUAAACGUAUAAUAAAUAAAUUAAGUUAUAAAUUUAA